GCUGGAAACUAGCUCCAAAAACUCCACCGUGAAAGAGUCAAACUUAAAUUCCCGAGCCAGAGUGGAGACGUCAAUUCACCGUUUGGCCAGCUCUGUACCCGCUCUGAGACGAAUCUGUGAAAGCUCGUCAAGGCAAACUUGACGCAACUGUCGUCGUGUAUUUAGGAGGCUUCACACUUGCGCGUCACAGAUAUUUCACGAAAGCCUGAAAGCUGAUCAACAAAUCCUUAACUGUGCUUACGAAGAGGAGGCACUAGGAGGCGCCACAGAGACGACUCUUGGGCUUAAGCCAGCGUGCUUCAUCAGCAGCAGAUCCCAGUGAAACUGGCUCAUGCUGAGACUGUCAUUCGUGUGGAUGUCUGCCAGUGUUCCCCUGAAGAGGUGGUGUGAGAUUGCACUACUGCCAGUCAUCCCGCCAUGAAGACUGUCCUGGCUGUCUCCAGGAGAAGCGUGUCGGCCCAUGGCCCUUAUGUGGAGCUGCAGGAGGUUUCUGGAGUAGCCCUCUACUCCCUGUUCACCGUGGCUUGGCUGGACACUCUCAACAAGGAGAGGGAACAGCGAGGAGUGCACCGGCUGGAGAAGUGUGUCAUUUCCACUCGCAGGGACAUUGUCCGGAUCCUCUGGGAGGACCUGGUUCUCCUGCAGGAGGUCCAGUCAUGUGAUCCUACAAGAGCCUCCCUUCAGAUCAUCCCCUCAUCACAAACCGACCAAUCAGCAUCUAGCAGCGAGGGGGAGGAGUCAGAGGGAGAAUAUGUGGAGCUAAUGGAGGACGUUGAUUUUCCUCGUCUUGGCCCGCAGAGGGGGUCCCUGACCCAAAGCCUCCUCCUGCAGAACCGAGCCCGAAAUCACACACACUUCCCUGAAACUGGACAACCUCACAUCUCACGCACUCCUCACAUCACACACACUCCUCACGCUGCACCUCUUCACACCACGCUAACCACUCACCAUGCACCUCCUCACAUCACACACACUCCUGACACUGCACCUCCUCACACCACGCUAACCACUCACCAUGUACCUUCUCAUACUCCUCACACUGCACUUCCUUACACUGCUCCUCCUCACGUUCCUCAAACCACACGUACCUCUUACAGUGCACCCCCUUACACUGCACCUCCUCAAGCCACACACACUCCUCACACUGCACCUCCUCACACCACACACACUCCUCACACUGCACCUCCUCAAGCCUCACACACUCCUCACACUGCACCUCCUCACACCACACACACUCCUCACACUGCAACUCCUCACACCACACACACUCCUCAUGCUGCACCUCCUCACACUGCACUUCCUAACACUGCUCCUCCUCACGCUCCUCAAACCACACAUACCUCUUACAGUGCACCCCCUUACACCACUCACACUUCUCACGCUGAACCUCCUCAAGCCAUACACACUCCUCACACUGCACCUCCUCAAGCCAUACACACUCCUCACACUGCACCUCCUCACACCACACACAGUCCUCACACUGCACCUCCUCAAGCCUCACACACGGCUCACACUGCACCUCCUCACACCACUUACACUCCUCACACUGCACCUCCUCACACCACUUACACUCCUCACGCUGCACCUCCUCAAACCACACACACUCCUCACACAGCAACUUCUCACACUGCACUUCCUUACAUGGCUCCUCCUCACGCUCCUCAAACCACACAUACCUCUUACAGUGCACCCCCUUACACCACGUACUCUCCACGCGCUGCACUACCUCAUCACAUCACAUACACUGAGACUACAUCUCCUCCUUUUGACACAGACACUACGGACAUCUCUCCUCUUAGUACAAAUGCUUCUCCACCUGCACCUCCUCAUCGCACCACUCAAACCACUCACACUCCUCUCCCCCACAAGAUUUAUUCAACUCAAACUGAACUUCCACCUCACAACACAGUCACCCCUGGAGGUAUGCACACUCACACAAACUGUCACAUCACACACGCUCCACUCACAACACCAACAUCUCAGACACACACUCCUGUCAGAGAAUCCGCUCCUCAUAACUCACACAUUCCUCCCACUGCACCUCCACCUGACAGUACAGCUCCUCCGAACUCGUAUACCUCUCACAUAACACAUACAUUUCACAAAAAAACUCACAAAACCACACACUCUCUCCAUACUACACCUGCUCGCUCCAAACUUGACCAUCACUCUACUCCUCCUACUCUUCCUACAACUCACCCCGAACCACCAACAUCCACACCACACUCGUCUCCUAUUCACGCUACACACAUUGCUCCCACACAUCUGACCAACAACCUUCCUACCGAGAAGUCCCCCGACUCCAGUGUCCCCACACCUGACCUCAUCUCAGACAGCCACAUCCCAGACUCCUCAUAUGCUGCUGCUCCUGGACGCAUGGAGACGUUACUGCAAGAUGCUGAAGGUACCAGGAAACAAAAUCUAAGUAGUAGUUUGGACAAGAAAGCAACAGAGAAGGAGGAUGUGCAGAAAGAGAAGGUUGAAGACUUGUAUGAGACUGAGCGAGACAAAAGUGAUGAUGCAGUGCAGGAGAGACAGGAGGAGACUGUUUCAGAGAUGUGUCGGAUUACACUCGUACAGGAAGGUCAAAUGGAGGAGGAGGAGGAGGAGGGAAGUGGACCAACACUCAUACUGGAAUCCAAGCUUUGUAUCAAGGAAUCGUCUUGUGAAAGAGAUACAGAACCCUCCUCAAACACAACAGAUCUUUGUUUAGAAAGAAAAACUGCCUUCUCAGGGAACUCAGCUUCUGGAGUUACAUGUUCUCAGAGUGAAAUGGGAACUGAAGAGUCCAGCACCACAUUCAACCAACAAGACUGUGAGACCAAUCACUCUGUGGACUCUGAUUGUAAGAAUGAAAGCUCACAGGACUCUUAUUUUGAAGGUAACAUGUUGUUACCUUGUAAAGCCACUACUUGUGAAUAUGGUGCUUCAACAAGGUGCAGCAAGUCCAGCACCUCACCUGACACGCAAGGGUUAGGUGGGAGUGAGCUCCUUGAGUCUGAGAACACACAGGUGGAGAAAUCAGAACUUCAAAAUAAAGGUUCCAGCAGUGAACUACCUCCUGUCCGCUCUGACAACGUGACUGAAGAUCCACAACCAACGGAACCAGAACUACAGGAUCCGUCCCGUGCAAAAUCUUUUCCUGUCCAGAGCCCUGGGCUCCUUGGGUUCUGCAAAUCUGAGUUUUUCAAAGUGCUGCUGAGCUCCGGUGUGGUCUGUCUACCUGGUGCUAGAGACAGACAAGGAAGAGCCCUGCUGACUGUCCAGUGUGCACACAACGUUUGGUCCCACCCAGACUGCGAGUCAAUCCAAAUCCUCCGUCUCCUAGAGUACUGCACAGCCACACUCAGGAAGGACGUGCUAGCAGCUGGACUGAUGUUGCUUGUGGAUGGUCGUCAAGCCACGCCCCUUCCUGCUGUCCUCAGUGCACUUCACUCCCUUCAGGAGUGUGUAUCAGCCUCGCUUCACACAGUGCUUCUGCUGAACCAAGACUCCCCACUCUGUCUGGAUGAAUUUGCAGCUUGUGAGGUCAAGGUCGUACACUCUUUGAAGUCGGUUUAUAAACUUGUGGAACAUAAGCAGCUUCCUGUCGAGUUUGGAGGUUCUUUGAAAUUCAGUCAGAGAAGCUGGAUCAUCUUCAGGAUGAGAGUUGAUCAACUGACUGGCCAGUGUGAAGAUGUGGUCCAACAUCUGCAGAAAACCAUCGGUGUUCUGGAGACAACACCGCCACCUCCUACUGCUGAGGAGGCCGAGCAGCUGCUGUCUCACUACAACAAGCUAAUGUGUGAUGUUCUUCAAGAUAGCCGGUUGGUCAGUCUGCAGCAGGACGGCGGAGCGUUGUUGUCACAGCUCCGCAGAGAGGAGAUCUGUGAGGCGGAGGACUGUCGGGCCACAGUGGACAAUAGUUCCUCUCUGUACGAGCAGGUGGAUGAGCUGCUGCACCGUCUGGUGACGCUGUCCAACUGUAAAACACAGCAGAUAAAGUUCAUCCUGGAGUUCUGGAGCCUGCAGCCAGGUUUCCUGCAGGUGAAGUCAUGGCUGAGUGAGGUCGGGGAGGUCCGUUUGAAGAGUCUAGAAGAACCUGAAGAUUCUCUGGAUCAAAUGAUGAAAAAGCAUCAAGACUUUAAGGAGUUCUGCGCCUCAGUUCAUGACCAGUGUAAACAGGGUCAGGAGUUGUUGAGGCGCCUUCAGCGCUUCAGUGAUGUGUCAUCGUCAGACCUGCAGCUCUACGAGGUCAAGGUCCACUCGUUCUGGUCGCAGCUUCAGAUGUUCUGUCAGCGACUCAACACCGCCGGACGUGUCAUCGAGAGGACGGUUGGUCUUUACCGCUUCCUUGACCAGGCGUAUGGCUGGUCGUUGGAGGGAAUGCGCCACCUAGCUACCAUCAGCAUGGAGGAGUGCUCCCUGCCUGACAAAUGCCAGGCAGUGAUUGACAGCCUGGAGGAGUACCGGCGGCAGCACCCGCCCAUCCUGGACUCUCGCUUUCAGGAGAUGAAGGUGGCUGCCGAGGAGCUGCGGGGCGCCCGAGGACUCAGCCAGUGGAGCUUCGCCUGGUCCAAGUGCCAGGAGACCAAGAAGAUGUUCGACAGGAAGAUGGAGGUGGCGAUGAGGUCUCGAGCCUCCAAUCAGAGGCGCCUUUCGGACUCCACCCACAGACUGAUGUCGGACUCCACCAGCAGCCUGAGCCCCGACCUGGCUCGCAGACUGUCAGACUCGUCGCCCAGGACCUCCUCUCAGUCCUCCCCUGAAGUUCCCACCAACUCCACCCCACGACCUUCCCCUGAGUCCCCCCAGAUCCUCGCCUCGGCCUCCAGGAAGAUGCUCUCGGGACUUCGAGGGGUUCUGGAGAGGAUACCUAGCCUGCCCGAACACGACAGGGCCCCACCAGUCUCUUCCCAACACACCCCACUCCUCCGCCGCCUGUUCCGUGCCUCCUCAGAAGAGGACUCCAUCUGCUCCUCCACUCUGAGCCUCAACUCCUCCUCCUGUUCUCUCCAGUCCAGCAGGCGGCAGCACCUCAGGAAGACACAGAGCUUUGACUGUCCCCCGACACCCGAUACUGCCCGGUAUCACCCUUGUCCUCGUGCACUUAGUGAACCAGCGCGGCGCGGGAACACUGGCGUCUUCAUCAAAGGCCUGGAGGUGAGCAGCACCGAGGCGGCAGACCGCACACUCUGCCCCAGAUCGGGAGCUCACCGCUGGGCAGCACAAGGGCCUCAAAGUCCCGGCACACCCAGAACCACCGGCACCACCUCCGCAGACCUUCGACCAAGAGGAAGCAAACUGCGGCACAUCGUGGACGAGAUGGUGACCACGGAGCGUGAGUACGUGCGCUCCCUGCUCUACAUCGUGGAGAACUACUUCCCUGAGGUGGACCGCGACGACGUGCCUCAGGACCUGAGGGGGAAACGCUCGGUGGUUUUCGGAAACCUGGAGAAACUCCUCGACUUCCACAACCAGUUCUUCCUGAAGGAGCUAGAGGUGUGCCAGAAGCAUCCGCUGCGAGUGUCUCACUGCUUCCUCCGACACUCGGAGCAGUUCGCCCUCUACGCUCUCUACAGCAAGAACAAGCCCAAGUCGGACGCUCUUCUGGCGGGUCACGGACUCUUCUUUAAGAGGAAACAGCAGGAGCUGGCGGACAAGAUGGACUUGUCGUCGUACUUGUUGAAGCCCAUCCAGCGGAUGAGCAAGUACGCGCUGCUGCUGGCCGACAUCAUCAAAGAGGUGGGCGACAGCCAGGAAGCGGAGCUUCCCUCCCUGCAGGCUGCCAGCAACAUGGUCAAGUUCCAGCUGCGUCACGGCAACGACCUGCUGGCCAUGGAUGCCAUCCGGAACUGCGACGUGAACCUGAAGGAGCAGGGUCAGCUGCUGCGCCAGGACGAGUUCACCGUGUGGACCGGAAGGAAGAAGUGUCAGCGCCACGUCUUCCUGUUCCAGGAGCUCCUGCUCCUCAGCAAACCCAAGAAGAUGGAGGGGGGUCUGGACGUCUUCCACUACAAGCACUCUUUCAAGACGGCAGACCUGGGUCUGACCGAGUCCACGGGGAAGGACGGGCUCAGUUUUGAGAUCUGGUUCCGGAAGAGGACGGUUAAGAAUCAGACACUGAUCCUUCAGGCGAGCACCAGUGAGAUCAAACACAACUGGACCAGCGAGAUCGGACGCAUCCUGUGGACACAGGCCACACGGAACAAAGAGAUGCGUCUGAAGGAGAUGGUGUCUAUGGGCGUGGGAAGCAAACCUUUCCUGGACAUCAAACCGAGCGACGCUGCCAUCAGUGACCGGGCGGUGCACUGCAUCAUGGGGAGUCGAGGGGCCAGAACCAGAGCCUCCAUCGCCGUCUCUGCCUUCGACCACGCCCACCCAUUCAAGCACAGCCCCGUGACCUCUGACCCCCAUGUGCACCGACCGUCGUCCACUGGUCUGCUAGGACCCCUAAACCUGCAUCUAUACAGUCAAAGUUUGCCGUCGUCACCGGGGUCCUUCAUCAACGAGGCGGACGAGCACGAGACCAGCAGCCAGCCGUCCAUCACUACUGAAAGUUCCGGCUCGUCCUCUCACUGUCUGUCCGGCUCCACUGGCUCCGACAGCGGCUGUGUCUCCUCACACCUCCAGGAGCCCGUCUCGGAGGAGACCGUGGGCUCCUCCCCCAUCAGCCCCAACACCCACCUGAGCCACCAGAUCAACUCCAAGAAACCCGUCCAGAUCUUCAGUCCGACCACCUUCGUAUGACGAGGUGACGCUUCUUCCUGCCCCGGUUCUGAAGGCCUCAACCCCGCUCAAUGUUUGUUAGGCCCGGUUCGGAUUUUCACCACUUCCUGUAGUUUUUCUUGGACUCAUCUUUUCUUACUUGAAUAAAUAUUGUCUGUCAACGCUUCCGUUUAUUUUCUUA